GUUUUCACUUUAUUCCUCUACUUAUACAUUUGUUUCCACAUCCAUCAAAGCAUAAAACUUCACUGAGAAACCAAUUAACAAAUUAUAUUUUUUUUACCACAAAAUAGAAAGUAAAGAUAAAAUGGAAGAUUUUUGGAACGUGAUUUGUGGCGAUGAUGAUUCAGCUUGUUCUUUACUCGGAGGAAAACCUUUCUGUUUCAAUUUGGAGGUUCUGACGAAUCCUUCUUCAUGCAUCAACCAUUUGUUGAUCAUUUUUCUUAAUCUGUUGUUGCUAAUAAUGUUGACAUUUGUUACGAUCCAAAAGUCUUUGGUGAAGUCAAUUCAAGGUCAGAAUAGAGUGGAAAGUUAUUCAAAGUUGCAGCUAGUUUCUGCAAUAACCAAUGGCUCUCUUGGUUUGUUGCAUUUGUUCUUAGGCAUUUGGAUUUUAGAGGAGAAGUUAAGGAAAAACCUCACUGUUUUUCCUCUUACUUGGUGGCCGCUAGAGUUUUUUCACGGAUUCACAUGGAUCUUAGUUGGUUUAACUAUAAAUCUUGUGCCGAAACAACUUCCAAGAACAUGGUGGCGAAUGUUUUCUAUUCUUAUAUUCUUUGUUUCUGGUAUUUUCUGUGCAUUGUCAUUAUCUUAUGCAUUUAGUAGCAAAGAAAUGUCCCUUAAGGUAGCUUUAGAUGUUCUAUCUUUUUUGGGAGUAAUUUUGCUGCUCUUUUGCACAUACAAAGUAUGUAAAGAUGAAGAUGUCGACAAGGAAAUAAAUGGAAGUCUAUAUGCUUCUUUAAAUAGCCAGAUCCAUGAUGUUGAUCCUCUUGGCCGUAUAAGUGUAACCCCAUUUUCCAAAGCCGGACUCCUUAGUCGGAUGUCAUUUUGGUGGUUGAAUCCACUAAUGAAAAAGGGUCAAAAUAAAACACUUGAGGACGAGGACAUCCCAAAGUUGCAAGAGCCGGAUAGAGCAGAAGUAUGUUAUUCGUUAUUUAUAGAACAAUCGAAUAGAAAAAAGCAGAAGGAUCCAUCAUCUCGAUCAUCGGUGUUAUGGACAAUCGUUUUGUGCCACCGGAGAGAGAUUUUGAUAUCUGGAUUUUUUGCAUUUCUCAAGGUACUCACUCUUUCUUCUUGUCCUAUAAUUUUGAAUGCCUUUAUACUGGUGGCUGAGGGUAAUCAAAGUUUCAAAUUUGAAGGUUAUUUUUUGGCCAUCUCACUUUUGUUUAUCAAGAUUUUAGAGUCCCUAUCUCAAAGGCAAUGGUAUUUUCGCUCAAGGGUUAUUGGUAUGAAAGUUAGAUCGUUACUUACUGCAUCUAUUUAUAGGAAACAACUGAAAUUAUCCAAUGCUGCUAGAUUGAUUCACUCUAGCGGUGAGAUAAUGAACUAUGUGAAUGUGGAUGCGUAUAGAAUCGGAGAAUUUCCGUUCUGGUUUCACCAGACAUGGACAACAGUCCUCCAACUAUCAAUUGCAUUAGUAAUUCUUUUUCGUGCUAUUGGAUUGGCAACAAUUGCGUCAUUGGUGGUGAUAGUUUUGACCGUGUUUUUGAAUGCUCCACUAGCAAAGUUACAACAUAAGUAUCUUAGUAAACUUCUGGUGGCCCAAGAUGAAAGGUUGAAGGCUAGUUCUGAGGCUCUGGUGAAUAUGAAAGUGCUAAAGUUAUAUGCAUGGGAAAUGCAUUUUAAAAAUUCCAUUGAAAUCCUAAGAAUUGUUGAACAAAAAUUGUUAUCUUCAGUGUUAUUACAAAAGGCAUACAGCCUUAUUCUCUUUUGGUUUUCACCUACUUUGGUCUCUGCUGCUACCUUUUUGGCUUGUUACCUCUUGAAAGUUCCUCUCCAUGCAAAUAAUGUUUUCACAUUUAUCACAACCGUGCGCCUUGUGCAAGAUCCUAUUUCAACCAUCGGAGAUGUUAUUGGAGUGAUCAUUCAAGCAAAGGUUGCUUUUUCUCGGGUUGUGAAAUUUCUCGAGGCACCUGAGCUUCAAACUACUAGUGUCAGAAAGAGCUGCUACGAUGAGAAGUUAAAGGGCUCAAUAAAAAUCAAGUCUGCAGAUUUUUCAUGGGAAUAUAAUAUAUUGAAGCCAACAAUACGAAAUAUUAAUUUAACGAUUAGAGCAGGGCAAAAGAUAGCUAUUUGUGGAGAAGUUGGCUCAGGAAAAUCAACUUUAUUAGCAGCAAUUCUCGGAGAAGUACCGAAUACUAAGGGAAAAAUUGAAGUUUAUGGAAAGUUUGCUUAUGUUUCUCAAACAGCUUGGAUUCAAACUGGAACAAUACAGGAAAAUGUUCUGUUUGGAUCACCUUUGGAUACUCAAAGGUAUGAAGAAUCACUUCAUAGGUCUUCACUGAUGAAGGACCUUGAGUUGUUUCCGUAUGGUGAUCUAACCGAGAUAGGAGAGAGAGGUGUUAAUCUAAGUGGGGGUCAAAAGCAGCGAAUUCAACUUGCUCGAGCUCUUUAUCAGAAUUCUGAUGUAUAUCUCUUGGAUGAUCCUUUCAGUGCUGUUGAUGCGCACACUGCAAAAAAAUUGUUUAAUGAAUACAUAUUGGAAGGACUCGCCGGAAAGACAGUCCUUUUUGUUACUCAUCAAGUUGACUUUCUCCCAUCAUUUGAUUCCAUUUUGUUGAUGUCAGAUGGGAAAAUCCAACAAGCUUCUACGUAUCAUGAUCUACUAACCUUUAGCCAAGAAUUUAAGGAUCUUGUUAAUGCACACAAAAAGAUUGGCAACCCUAAUCAUCUUUUAGAUCUUACUUCAACACCAAUACAUUCAAAGUCUAGUCGAGAGAUGAAACAAUAUUCCAUAGAGAACUCGUCUAAUGCUAAAAAUGGUGAUCAAUUAAUUGAGCAAGAAGAGAGAGAAAAAGGAGACACAGGAUUGAAGCCUUACUUACAGUAUCUGAAUCAGAAAAGCGGAUACAUAUACUACUUUGUCGGUUCUCUUUCUUAUGUGAUAUUUGUGAUCUGCCAGAUAUCGCAAAACUCAUGGAUGGCCGCUAAUGUUGACAAUCCUCAAGUCAGCACAUUGCAAUUGAUUACAGUUUACUUGUUGAUUGGAGUUAGUUCUAUGGUUUUCAUUAUAAUCAGAGCUCUACUUGCAGCUGCUUUGGGAAUUCAAUCAUCGAAGGUUUUAUUUGGACAAUUAAUAAAUUCUCUUUUUCAUGCACCAAUGUCUUUCUAUGACACCACACCAUUGGGAAGGAUACUUAGUAGGGUAUCAUUAGAUCUGAGCAUUGUGGAUCUUGAUAUCUCUUUUAACCUCACAUAUUGUAUAUCAUCCAAUAUAACUUACUAUUCAGGUCUAAUAGUUUUAACAUCGGUCGCUUGGCAAGUCUUGUUUGUGUGUAUACCAAUGGCUUAUGUUAUUAUUCGUUUACAGAAACACUACUAUGCAUGUGCAAAAGAACUUAUGCGGAUGAAUGGCACAACAAAAUCGUCCGUUGCUAAUCAUGUAGCUGAAACUGUUGCUGGAGCUAUGACAAUAAGAGCUUUUGAGGAAGAAGAUCGGUUUUUCAACAAGAAUCUUGAUUUAAUUGAUGUCAAUGCUACUGCUUUCUUCCAUAGUUUUGCCUCAAAUGAAUGGCUGAUCCAACGGGUAGAAACAGCGUACGCCGUUGUUCUUGCCUCUGCAGCACUAUCCAUCGCUAUGCUUCCAUUAGGGACUUUAUCAUCUGGUUUUAUUGGUAUGGCCCUUUCUUAUGGCCUUGCAUUAAACAGUGCCUUAGUAUAUAGCACUCAAUACCGAUGCAUUCUAGAAAAUUAUAUAGUAUCAGUAGAAAGGAUAAAUCAAUACUCUCAUAUACCAAGUGAGGCCCAAGAAGUGAGUGAAGGAAAUCAUCCUCCAAUCAAUUGGCCAGAUGUCGGAAAAGUUGAAAUAAAAGACUUGAAGAUACAAUACAGGCCUAAUGCACCACUUGUACUACAUGGUAUCAAUUGCACCUUUGAAGGAGGGCACAAGAUUGGUAUUGUCGGUAGAACUGGCAGCGGAAAAUCAACUCUGAUUGGUGCUUUGUUUCGUCUUGUGGAGCCGACGGGAGGCAAAAUUAUAGUCGAUGGAAUAGACAUAUCAUCUAUUGGCCUUCAUGACUUGAGGUCAAGUUUUGGUAUUAUACCUCAGGAUCCUACCCUUUUCAUCGGGACAGUUAGAUAUAACUUGGAUCCUUUAUCUCAACAUUCUGAUCAAGAAAUAUGGGAGGUUCUUCGAAAGUGUCAGUUACGAGAGUCUGUCAAAGAUAAAGGUGGAUUAGAUUCCUCAGUCGUCGAAGAUGGAUCGAACUGGAGCAUUGGACAAAGGCAACUAUUCUGUUUAGGGCGCGCUCUUUUGAGGAGAAGUAGGAUAUUGGUGCUAGAUGAAGCAACUGCAUCAAUUGAUAAUGCGACCGAUUUAAUUCUUCAAAAUACCAUUAGAAAAGAGUUUGCAGAUUGUACAGUGAUAACAGUAGCGCACAGGAUACCAACUGUGAUGGAUUGCAAUAUGGUUCUUUCCAUAAGUGAUGGAAAGUUGGCUGAGUAUGAUGAACCAAUGAAGUUAAUGAAGAAGGAAACAUCGUUGUUUGGACAACUUGUAAAGGAAUAUUGGUCUCAUUUUCAGUAGGGAAGACUGAUUUUUUUUCUUUUUUGGUCAGGUAUCCUAGUGGCUAGAAUUCACCUUAUAAGGUGAAUAAGUGGGGUGUCCGGGGUUCGAACUCCGGCCCCUGCAUAUAAUAAUGCAUUGUCCUACCAACUGAGCUAUGCUCACGGGACAGGGAAGACUGAUUUUAGUACCAACAUACUUGUUAUCUUUUAUAUAUCAUGAUCUAUACUUUUUGAAUCAAAUCAAAGUAUAAUAAUGCUAUACAUUUCUCGUU